CUCUCUAUCUUUUGCUGUAAUAUUUUUAGUUUACCACUAAUUUUGAUACCUAUAUAUAUAUAUAAGGAAGAUGAAGGUUGAAGGAGAAGAGAAAAGGUAUGGGCUGUUACUUGCAAAAAAGGAAGACGAGUAUGUGAAGGAGAUGUAUGGUGGAUACUUCAAUGUGUUUGUAACAGCCUUUGGUGACGAUGGGGAGAGAUGGGACUUGUUUAGGGUUGUUGAAGGACAAUUUCCGGACACGAACGAUCUUCAAAACUAUGAUGGCUUUGUCAUCAGUGGAAGCCCUUUUGAUGCUUAUGGCAACCAAGACUGGAUUCUCAAUCUUUGCUCUCUCUUGCAAACCCUAGACUUGAUGAACAAGAAAGUUCUUGGUAUUUGCUUCGGUCAUCAGGUUCUGUGCAGAGCUUUGGGUGGAAAAGUACGAAAAUCUUGUACUGGUUGGGAUAUUGGGAUAAGAAAAGUGAAGAUAAUGAAAGAUAAAUCGCCAUGCAUCAGCUUUCUUGAUGGCUUGGAUGAAAAUCUAUCAGCCCUUUCCAUCAUUGAAUGCCACCAAGAUGAGGUGUGGCAGCUUCCUGUUCGAGCUGAAGUAAUUGCUUGCUCGGAUAAAACGAAUGGGGAGAUGUUCAUCAUUGGGGACCAUAUUUUAGGGAUUCAGGGUCAUCCCGAGUGCAACAAAGACAUUCUCAACAAUAUCAUUGCACUUUUUCUCAUUAAUGGCUCUAUAGAGAAAGAUUUUGCUGAAGAGGUGAAAUCAAAACUGGAGAUAGUUGAGCCAGAUAGGAAGUGCUGGGAAAGGAUAUGCAAAAGCUUUCUCAAAGGGUAGAUAGGAACUAAUGGGAUCAUCAUGACCCUUUUUUCCUAUUGCUUUUUAUUUUUAUUUAUUUAUUUAUUUAUUUUUUUAUUAAUUGCUUUAACGUGCAAUUAGAUUUCUGAAGAAAAUAUAUUCACACAAAAAUUUCUUUCAUUUUUUUUGCAUUAUAUUUUCUUACAAACUGUUACUGUUAUCAAACCAGAAGCUUUAGU